UUCCUUCUUGUGAACUCAAGCAUGGAAGAACCCGCUGGGAAAAAAACCUCCGGGGGGGGGGGGCUUCCGCUGUCCAAGGUGCAGACCGACCGAGGACACUAGCCGAGGGGACGGCCCCGGGGAAAUUACAAUUCCUUAACUCUGCAGAGCCGAGAGAGAAGCAGAGAAAGUCCUUCCUUCCUUCGCUGGAUUCGCGGGGCCAGAGUGGCAGGAAGCGAUGGCCGCACCGCGCCAGUGGUCAGCCAAAGCCAAGGCCACCCCUGUUCUGCCCCCCCAUUACUACGAGGGCUUCCUGGAGAAAAAAAACUCAUGGGACCAGGAUUAUAAGAAAUACUGGGCCGGUCUUUGGGGCUCAACUCUAUAUUUCUAUCAGACCAGCAGAGAAAGUCAGUAUAUAGAGAAAGUUGAUCUGACUGACUUGGUCUCCCUGAAUGAAGACAAUUGUCCAAGAACUGUGAGUCCCAUGUCUACAGAAAAACCAGGAUUGACUCUGAAGAUGAGAAACCAGGAAGUAAAGUUGAGGAUGGAAAACCUGGAACAACAGGAAAUGUGGAAAGGUUUUAUACUCACAGUGGUGGAGCUGAGGAUCCCGCCGUCUGUCUCUUUGCUGCCCGGACACCUCUACAGGUUGUCUGAAGCCUUGGAGAAGGAGAAAGAGAGGCGAUGCAACUUGUGUGCGAAUGUCGAAAGGGAAGAGAAACUGCCCAACUGUUUCUUCAGGGUCUCCAGACUGGAGGCAGUGGAGCUUCUGGAGCAGAACGAAAAUUAUGGGAACAUGUUGCUACGUCCUGGACAAGAUGGGAAGAGUUUCUCGUUGACCAUUCGGCAGAAGGCGAACGGAGCCGUAAGCAUCAAGCACUAUAAAAUCAACGCUGUCGGUGGAGAAUACAUCAUUGUCAUGGAAAAGCCGAAUUACUGCUCUUCCCUCCUGGCUGUGCUGGACUUCUUCAUCGCCAAGACCAACGGGGUCCUGGUGCCGCUCAGCGUGGAGAAGAGCUACGCCAUGGCGCUGGAGGUCAUGGAGAUGGAUCAGGAAAGGGAGCAGAGGACCUUGGAGUCCAUCUUUGAGCCUGAUGACCCUCCACCACCUUUUAAAGGUAACCUUGUGGGAAAAAAGAGCAUGGCAUCCCCUAAUUCUUGGCUAUGCCCGCCCCUUCCUCUGCCACCGAUCGUGCCCAUCCCACCCCCGCGCCGGGCAUCGGCCCCCCAACCCAUUCAUGUCUAUGAGGAGGAAGACCCUCCCCAGAAGACGUACGUGAACGAAGAAGCGUGGGAUCGCCCCGGAGACCAGGAAACAAGAUGGAAUGGACCCCCACCACCUGUUCGUGUACCUCCCAAGCCGCCACGGAAGCCCCCGAAGUUAGGUAGCCUACUCGAGGGUCAAUCUGCCGCCAGGCCCGGGGUACCUUCCACCAAACAGGAGACUCCAUUAUUCAGAAGCGCCCCCAAUGAGAUGACCGAGGAGCUGAAGCGCAAACUUCAGGAACGGAGGGCCAAGAUGGAGAAUUGAAAUGCCGGCGGCCAUUUUGAAUUUGAAAAA